GCCCGGCCCGCGGCCCGCACGGACACACGCACGGGCGGGCGGGCGAGCGCAGGUGGACCCGGCCUGGCCGCGGCGCCCGCCCCCCGCCCUGGCCCGCGCGGCCCGGCCCGGCCCAGGCCGCCCGCGGGCUCCGGGCACCUGUGGCCGCUGGCCACGGAGGAGCCGUGUCACCGGGCCACCGCCCACCUGAGCCUGGGCCACCCCGCGGAGUCGACCUCGGGGGAACGGCCAGGACCCUGCUGCCCUCUAUGGUCCCGCUCGGCUAUCCCUAAUGCCCACACCUCUAUCCUCGCCAGGGAGUCUCCACUAACUUCUGUUCGGGAGCUCCACCGUGCCCCUCUAGGCGCAGGGCGACCUUGGCAGCCCUGACGGUGCAGACCCUCCGGAGUGCCCAGAAAGCCCACCGGGUGGCCUGGCGCCUCCCUGGCUCUUUCUGGAUGGAGGCGCCUCCGGAGGGAGUCAGCUGCAUGCUUUGGUCUUUACCUUGCAGCCUCUGCUGACCACACCUCCCCUAGCACAGAGGCUGCUCCAGGAGCAGGAAAUGCUGUACCAGCACAGCUGGCUCCCUGGGAUCCGGGUUUAACCGCUAGGAUGGAGGUGGAGCCAGCAGCCAAGACCUUCAUGCUGGAGCUGCCAUGUCUUGAGGAUGGAGGUCCGGGGCCCAACACCCUCUCAGGUGGCAGUGCUGGCAGCGAGAGUCAGGAGGAGGAAGAGGCUCAGGAGGGAAGCAGCAGCUCACAAGAUCCAGCAAUCUCAGCCCCAGUAGAGGCCAGUGAAAUCACUGAGGAAUCCCAGAUAGAACAACAGGGGUUACAGCAGUCAGAACAGUCACAGCCUGAGCAGCUACAACAGCAGCAACCACAAAACCAACUAUUAGGACAUCAGCCAGAUUUGCAACAGCAGCAGCUGCAAGAUGGACAACAGCAUCUGUCUCAACUACAGCAAGAACUACAGGAAAAACACCAAUCCAUGCAGCAUCAGGAACUGAAAUCAGAACUGCAGCUAAUGCAACAGCAGCAACAGUUACAGCAGCAGCAAGUGCAAGAGCAACAGCUGUUACUGCAGCAGCAAGUGCAAGAGCAACACUUGUUGCAGCAACAGCAGGAACAGGUACAGCAGCAGCAAGUGCAAGAGCAACAGUUGUUGCAGCAACAACAGGGACAGUUACAGCAACAUCAGAUACAACCAUUGUUGCAGCAGCACCAGGAACAGUUGCAGCAGCAACAACUGCUACAACAGCAGAAACUGUUGCAACAGCAGGAACAAUUACAGCAGCAACAAUUCCAACAGCAACAGGAACAGCUACAGCAGCAGCAGCUACUGUUGCUGCAGCAGCAGGAACAAUUACAGCAGCAGCUGUUGCAGCAGCAGCAGGUGCAGUUACAGCAGCAGCUGUUGCAGCAGCAGCAGGUGCAGUUACAGCAGCAGCUGUUGCUGCAGCAGCAGGAACAAUUACAGCAGCAGCAACAGCAGCAGGAACAGUUUCAACAGCAGCAGCUGGAGCCAGAGGAGGAGGAAGAGGUGGAGCUGGAGCUCAUGCCGGUGGACCUGGAGUCGGAGCAGGAGCUGGAGCAGCAGCGGCGGGAGCUAGAGCGGCAGCAGGAGCUGGAGCGGGAGCAGGAGCAGAGGCAGCUGCAACUCAAACUGCAGGAGCAGCUGCAGCAGCUGGAGCAACAGCUGGAGCAGCAGCAGCGUCUGGAGCAGCAACAGCUGGAGCAGCAGGAGGUGCAACUGGAGCUGACCCCCGUGGAGCUGGGCGCCCAGCAACCAGAGCUGCAGCUGGAAUUGGUACCCACCGCAGGGGGCGGUGGGGCAGCAGUGCCCGGGGCGCCAGCAGCGGUCGUGGUGGCCCCUCCUGGCUACGUGGUGCUGCAGGAGCUCAUGGUGCUGCCCACCAUGACCACACCGACUGUGGUGGCCAUCCCGGGCCCGGCCGGCAGCGCGGCGCUAACACCUGCGCGGCAGCGGCGGCGGCGGCGUGCCCGGGACCGGCCGACCAUCUGCGGAGAAUGCGGCAAGGGCUUCAGCCGAAGCACGGACCUGGUGCGGCACCAGGCCACGCACACUGGCGAGCGACCUCAUCGCUGCGGCGAGUGCGGCAAGGGCUUCUCGCAGCACUCAAACCUGGUGACACACCAGCGCAUCCACACGGGCGAGAAGCCCUAUGCCUGCUCCUACUGCUCCAAGCGCUUCAGCGAGAGCUCGGCGCUCGUGCAGCACCAGCGCACGCACACGGGCGAGCGGCCCUACGCCUGUGCUGACUGCGGCAAGUGCUUCAGCGUCUCCUCCAACCUGCUCCGCCACCGGCGCACGCACUCGGGCGAGCGGCCCUAUGUUUGCCAGGACUGUGGCGAGCGCUUCCGUCACAAAGUGCAGAUCCGCCGCCACGAACGCCAGCUGCACAGCACCGGCCGCUCUCGGGGUCUUGGGUUGCUGCGCGGCAGUACCUCGCGUGCUGAGCAGGCCACAGCGGCCGCCAAGGCGCCGUAAACCCGGGAGCCACGCUGCGGGCUAGGCGAGGAGGGCAGGUGGGAAAGGGCACACGGGCGGUGGGGAUGAGGGUCACAGAGGGUGAUACCUUGACCCCGGUGGGAGAUCUUGGUCGCUCGAUUGAGACAUCUUGGAAUGGCCUUGGAGGAGACAGGCCUCCCUCGUCCCCCAGAGUCCCUGGAAGUAUGGGGUUCAUGGAUCAUCCUCCCAAAACCAUCCGCAAGAGAAAAGCCAACUGAGGCUGAAACAGCACGCAGGGCACAUUUGUUCCUCAGCAGCGGUGGCCCAGAGGGCUGCCCAGUUACAAAUGAGAGCCACGGAGGAAACGGCCACAGUUCGUUACAGUUGACGCAGACUGGACACUAACCCAGGGAAUCAAAUACUUAUCGGUGAAACGCACAUGGGAAAGAUGUGAUCCUGGUAAAAUUAUUUCAAGGAGAAAAACGGGCAUAAAAGGAAACUUACCUGCACUAUGUUGAAAACUGAUGAAGGCAUUGAAUUGUCCUCAAGGGCAUUUGCCUUGAAAAUACUUUCUAGGAUGAAAGUUCAUCAGGGUGGAUGUAAUUCUGAUGAAAAUGUCUGUGUUUAUAAACACAGGAUCGGAGUGUUCACGGGGUCAAUGUGCAAAUAAAUGCUGGGCAGUCCUGCUCUGGGCCAAAGGUAAAACCUUCCCUCCAAGGGAACCCAGGGCUCUGGCAUUGGAAACAGGUUCCUGGUCUCUGCUGCCAUGCUCCCAACCCCGCUGCCUUCCCCUGAAGUCCUCGGGAGUAAGAGCUAUGGCUGAAGCAGGGGAGAUCUGGGGGUAUUCUCCAAAGUACAGAAGAAGGACCCAGAAGGAGUCCUGGGUAUCCCCGCUGUGGGCUCCCUGGGAUCCACUGGCUUUAGCCUUCUCAGAUACUGCCUGGCACCUUGAAUCGGGCUAUGAUGGCAAUGGGGCUAGGGCUGCCAAGCAGACCCUCCCCCAGGGAGGGGAAGAAUGUUGGGGAUAAGAUUAGGGGCAACAGAAAUGCUCUUUACCAUGUUUACCAAAUUGUCUGGGGCUGGAGCUAUAAGAGCAACAGCAAUUGCUGAUGCCUUGUGGAAAAGUGGGGCAUCAGGCAGCUGCUGCCACCUCUGUCCCCCAAGCACUUCCUGCUGCACUUGACUUUUCAUGUGUGGCUGCUUAGUUCCUGUCCUUCUCUUCCCUCCCUGCUUCUCCUUUACUAACACAGCCUGCUACAUUUUUACAAAUGUGUUGGUAAGUGAGAAACAAAAAAAGAAAAAUAAAAUGAAGAAACUGU